CCGGGCAGCGCGGGCGAGCUCGCGCUCCACCUGUCCGCCUUCGGCAAGGGCUUCGUGCUGCGCCUGGCGCCCGACGCCAGCUUCCUGGCGCCCGAGUUCAAGAUUGAGCGCCUCGGAGGCUCGGGCGAGGCGGCCGGGGGUGAGCGGGAGCUGCGCGACUGCUUCUUCUCGGGCACGGUGAAUGGGAAGCCCGAGUCGCUGGCGGCCGUCAGCCUGUGCCGCGGGCUGAGCGGCUCCUUCCUGCUGGACGGCGAGGAGUUCACCAUCCAGCCGCAGGGGGCCGGGGGCUCCCUGCACCAGCCGCACCGCCUGCAGCGCUGGGGGGCCGGGCUCGCCGCCGCCAGCGAAGCCCACCCGCUCCCUGGAGGACCCGAGUGGGAGGGUCAGAGGCAGGAGAAAGGAGACGAGGAGGAAGAGGACGAGGAGGAGGAAGAGGGGGGCAAAGAAGAGGAGGCGGAAGGCGCCAGCGAGCUGCCACCACCCCUGGGGGCCACAAGUAGGACCAAGCGGUUUGUGUCUGAGGCUCGCUUCGUGGAAACGCUGCUGGUGGCCGAUGCGUCCAUGGCCGCCUUCUAUGGAGCCGACUUGCAGAACCACAUCCUGACGCUGAUGUCUGUGGCAGCCCGCAUCUACAAGCACCCCAGCAUCAGGAACUCCGUCAGCCUGAUGGUGGUGAAAGUGCUCAUAGUGGAGGAUGAACAGUGGGGCCCGGAAGUGUCCGACAAUGGUGGGCUGAUGCUUCGCAACUUCUGCAACUGGCAACGGCGUUUCAACCAGCCCAGCGACCGGCACCCAGAACACUUCGACACGGCCAUUCUGCUCACCAGACAGAACUUCUGUGGGAAGGAGGGGAUGUGUGACACCCUGGGCAUGGCGGACAUCGGCACAAUCUGCGACCCCAGCAAGAGCUGCUCUGUGAUCGAGGAUGAGGGGCUCCAGGCAGCCUACACUCUGGCCCAUGAGCUAGGGCACGUCCUCAGCAUGCCCCACGACGACUCCAAGCCCUGCACGCGGCUCUUUGGGCCCAUGGAUAAGCACCACAUGAUGGCGCCCCUCUUCGUCCACCUAAACAAGACGCUGCCCUGGUCUCCCUGCAGUGCCAUGUACCUCACGGAGCUCCUGGAUGGGGGGCACGGAGACUGUCUCCUGGACGCCCCCACCUCGGCCCUGCCCCUCCCGACAGACCUCCCAGGCCGCAGGGCCCUCUAUGACCUGGACCAACAGUGCAAGCAGAUCUUUGGGCUGGGUUUCCGCCACUGCCCCAACACCUCUGUGCAGGACAUCUGCGCCCAGCUCUGGUGCCACAUGGAUGGCGCGGAGCCCCUUUGCCACACGAAGAACGGCAGCCUGCCCUGGGCUGACGGGACGCCCUGUGGGCCUGGGCAUCUCUGCUGGGAUGGCAGCUGUCUGCCUGAGGAGGAAGUGGAGAGGCCCAAGGCCAUGGUGGAUGGAGGCUGGGCCCCAUGGGGACCCUGGGGAGAAUGCUCCCGGACCUGUGGAGGAGGAGUCCAGUUUUCACACCGUGAGUGCAAGGACCCUGAGCCUCAGAACGGAGGAAGAUACUGCCUGGGUCGGAGAGCCAAGUAUCAGUCGUGCCACACAGAGGAAUGCCCACCUGAUGGGAAAAGCUUCAGGGAGCAGCAGUGUGAGAAGUACAAUGCCUACAAUUACACUGAUGUGGAUGGGAACCUCCUGCAGUGGGUCCCCAAGUAUGCAGGGGUGUCCCCCCGGGACCGCUGCAAGUUGUUCUGCCGAGCCCGGGGGAGGAGUGAGUUCAAAGUGUUCGAGGCCAAGGUGAUUGACGGCACCCUAUGUGGGCCGGAGACUCUGGCCAUCUGCGUGCGUGGCCAGUGUGUCAAGGCUGGCUGUGACCACGUGGUGGACUCGCCUAUUAAGCUGGACAGAUGUGGGGUGUGUGGGGGCAAAGGCAAUUCCUGCAGGAAGGUCUCCGGUUCCCUCAACCCCUCCAGUUAUGGCUACAACGACAUCGUCACCAUCCCAGCUGGUGCCACUAACAUUGACGUGAAACAGCGGAGCCACCCAGGGGUCCAGAAUGAUGGCAACUACCUAGCACUGAAGACCGCCGAUGGGCAAUAUCUGCUCAACGGAAACCUGGCCAUCUCUGCCAUAGAACAGGACAUCUUGGUGAAGGGGACCAUCCUUAAGUACAGUGGUUCCAUUGCUACCCUGGAGCGGCUGCAGAGCUUCCAGCCUCUGCCUGAGCCUCUGACCGUGCAGCUCCUGACAGUCCCUGGUGAGGUCUUUCGGCCCAAAGUCAAAUAUUCCUUUUUUGUUCCUAAUGACGUGAACUUCAGCAUACAGAACAGCAGAGAGAGAGCAACCACCAACGUCAUCCAGCCUCUGAUCAAUGCACAGUGGGUCCUGGGGGACUGGUCUGAGUGCUCGAGCAGCUGCGGAGCUGGCUGGCAGCGGCGGACUGUGGAGUGCCGGGAUCCCAACGGCCAGGCCUCUGCCACCUGUGACAAGGCUCUGAAACCUGAGGAUGCCAAGGCCUGCGGGAGCCAGCCGUGCCCCCUGUGAUCCAGUGGGGUGGAGGCCAGUCUUGUGCUCAUGGACGUGGGGUGCUGGGGUACAGACAACGUCCCCACUUUGCUGAGCCUACCUAUGGAGGUGGCAUGGCCUACCCAGGCCUCCUAUUGUCACAGUCCCUGCAGUUGGGCAUGAAUUCAUAAGGGGGAGGAGAAAAGAGGACAUGGACAACAGAUCCUAAAGUCUACUAUCUAGUGGACUGGACCUUGCUUGGGUUCAAGUAGAGGGCUUAGGUUAAAAGGUAAAACGUGCACUUAUUGACCCAAACAGGAGACUCAGUCAGCCUGUUUGCAAAGGACUAGCAAAGUUAAAUGAAAAAAAUUUUCUUCUGUUUGGUCUCCCUGAUAAAUAAUCUACCUCAGAGGGGAAAAAAUUAGUCAAAGAGGUGUAGAUGGGGGUUGCUCCCUAAGUGCGCCCCCGAGCUGUCUUCACAAAUGACCGUGACUGCCUUCAGUAUUAAAAUCCAUCGCCUCCAGGGCUGCGGAGCUGCAGGACUAUGGAGAGCCACAUGUUCUCAGACUUCCACCUGCAGAGGUGGAUCCAUUUCAAGUAUUUAUGCAAAUGUGUCUCUGAACUAAAGUGUGAUCUUGUGCCAA